GCAUUACCUUCCUUUGAGUUUUACUCGCGAAGAAUUAUCUUGAUCGAUCUCACUCUCUCAACCAUCAACCAUCGUCACUGAUUUUACCUUUGUUCCCUUAGUCGAACAAAGUACCAACAAGGUCAGUAACUAGUUAACCAAUUUAUCACACGCUUUUCUCCUUUCUCUGGCACUAUAAAUGCAUUGUUCGACUACGAGCUACUCGUCUCGACUCGAAAGAGCUAUUCGAUAAUUAUCUCUUCUUUUCGCAACAACAACGUCUUUGUAUAACCCCAGUCAAAGGGAUCAAGGCAAUUAUUAUUUACCCAUGAUCUGAAAGCUAAUUUAUAGGCAUUUAGUUCAAGCAACUUUCAGACUCUUCAGUCAACGACCGGAUCGAUUUUCUACUUCACUAAAUCUGCAGGAUCCAGAUUUCACAGUUUCAUCAAACAGUCAAAAUGUCUUACUCUAAGAAGAUUGCCGCCAUCGCCGGUCUCUUUGCCGGUGUCAAUGCCCACAUGGUCAUGACCAGCCCCGCUCCCUUCAACCCUACCGCUCUCAGCAACGGCCCUCUUGAGGCUGAUGGAAGCAACUUCCCUUGCAAGUUCUCCGGCAGCUACUCCGCUUCCGGCGGCGAAGUGAACAGCUACGCCCUCGGCUCCCAGCAGAAGCUUGCCUUCAAGGGCUCAGCCGUCCACGGUGGUGGCUCUUGCCAGGUCUCCAUCACCUACGAUGAGAACCCAACCAAGGACAGUGUCUGGAAGGUCAUCCACUCUAUCGAGGGUGGCUGCCCUGCCCGUGACACUCCCGGUAACCUCCCUGCCGACAGCGCUGACUUCACUGACCCCUACACCUACGACUACACCAUUCCCUCCAACAUCCCCGCCGGAAAGGCUACCAUUGCCUGGUCUUGGCUCAACAAGAUCGGCAACCGUGAAUUCUACAUGAACUGCGGUGCUCUCGAGCUCACUGGUGAGGGCGGUGACAAGGCCAACUUCGACAAGCUCCCUGAUAUGCUUGUCUUGAACAUCAUGGGCAAGCCCAGCACCCUCGAGGGUAAGGACUACAAGUUCGAGAACCCCGGCGACUCCGUCGAGGACAACACCGUUGCUGGCUCCAUCGCCACUUGCGGUACUGGUGGCUGCACUGACGGUGACAGCGCCCCUGCUGCCCCCGCUACUUCUGCUACCCCGUCCUCUGCUCCGGCCGACCCUGCUCCCUCUAGCGGUGGUGCUUUCAUCACUCAGCCUUCCACCCCUACCCCUACCCCUACUCAAGCUCCUGCCGCUUCCUCCACUCCCGCUGCUCCAGCUGCCCCUGCCGCUCCCGCUGGUGGCUCUGGCUCUGCUCAGUCUGGUGCUUGCAGCCCCGAGGGUACCUUCAACUGCAUGGGCUCCAGCUACCAGCAGUGCGCUUCCGGCACCUGGUCUGUCAGCAUGCCCAUGGCUGCUGGCACCGUGUGCACUGGUGGCCAGGGUACCACCCUCAGCAUCGCCGCCUCCGGCCGCAAGCGCUCCGGCCGCUCUUUCCGCGCGUAAAUUUUCUCUCAUCAUCGGCAUACUUUCUUGAGCGGUCUCACGGUGUCAUGAUGACGGUCCGGAUUCCUUCUAUUUCUCUCCAGGGAAUCUAACGACGGGUUGUUAUGACUGGAUACAACAACAAAAACUUU